UUGACGGAACUGCGGAGCCGCUUCUCGGAGGUCUUGGCAAUGGCAUAUCACGUGAAUACAUCUCGGUUUCACGUGCAUGAUAUCGUUUCGGAUCAUCGAUGGUUACCUAAGUUAUAUCAUCAGUCAAGAGUGCUAGACGCCACCUAGGGACAAGGUAGCCUUUCAUUUAUUCAGGUAGAGUAUCUUCCUGGAUCUACACAUCUAUUUGAACCGGAUUCAUUGAAACACCCUUCGAUUGCCAUUGGUGAUUCGCUACAACGUCACAUGCGUUCUGCCUCCGUCUUGUCUCUGACUGGAUUGUGAACGAUGGCUUCUGAAAACAUGUUCGAUUUCGUACUUCUCGGCCCUACCGGGUAUACGGGAAGACUGUGUGCAGAGCAUAUUGUGCAGCAUCUGCCAACUGAUAUCAAAUGGGCCCUGGCAGGCCGCUCGGCUGGGAAACUAGAAGCUGUGGCCAGGGAACUUCGAGAUUUGAAUCCAGACCGAAUCCAACCUGAGAUAUUGACCGUUCAGCUCGUCGAGACAGAGUUGAGACCCUUGGCACAGAAGACACGGCUGAUCAUCAAUUGCGUUGGCCCGUAUCAUCUGUACUCGACUCCUGUGGUGCAAGUCUGUGCUGAAACCGGUACUCAUUAUGUGGAUGUUACUGGAGAAACGCCAUGGAUCCGACAGCUCAUUCCAAAGUACCACGAACCAGCAAGGUUGAAUGGUGCCAUUAUUAUCCCAUCACUGGGCAUUGAGAGUACGCCUCCCGAUAUUCUCACCUGGUCUCUAGUGAAGACCAUUCGAGAACAGCUAUCCACAGGAACAAAGGAAGCCAUUUCUUGCGUCCAUGAAGUCAAGAGCUCCGGCCCUAGCGGUGGCACUCUUGCUACAAUCCUCACCACCCUCGAGACAACCAACAUCACGGAUCUCAUCAAGUCGGCGGACCCCUUCGCACUAGCUGCUUCCGAACCACCAAAACAAACACCUAGACGCUCAUUAUCAGAGCUAGUGUCGGGAGUCACCUCCGUCUCAGACCUAGGAACUCUAACCACAUCUCCGUCCGGCAUGGCCGAUACAGCCAUCGUGCACCGCAGCAGCACACUGAUGCGCGAAUUCUACGGCCCACGAUUCUACUUCCGACACUACGCACACGUCAGAAAUGCAUUCGUGGGCGUCGUCUUCCACUACGCCUUCCUGGUCGGGAUAGUACUCCUUACCCUCUCUCCGGUCCGAUGGCUCGUGAGCAAAUUCGUCUACGCUCCGGGUCAAGGUCCCCGCAAAGAAGACUGCGCCAGGGACAUGGUCGAGUACCGAGCUGUUGCCAUACCUGAUGUAGAUACGCCCAAGCCGAAGCGUGCGUUGGGUCGACUGAUCUACAAUGGCGAUAUGUAUACUCUCACGGCUGUUUUUCUGGCCGAGGCAGCUAUGGUGAUCUUGUAUCAUGAAGCGAAGAUCAAGAAGGUUUCUCGUGGUGGAAUGGUCACCCCGGCUACUUUGGGUCAGGAGUUUGUGGAUCGACUUGAUAAAGUCGGAUGUCAUAUUGAGACUAGACUCGUUGACAACUGAGCUGAUAUUAGGUCUCCUCAGCUAGAAGACACAUAAUAUAAUAUCAUCUCUCAUCCCUUCGAG